GCCACACUGCUACAUCAACCUCUUCACUCACUGACAAAAAAAAAUCUAAGAGAGAGAGAAAUUUCUUCUUCUUCUUCUCCGAAUUGAAAUUUGAAACCCUAAUUCUUCGAAUUGAGAGAGAGAGAGAGAGAGAAUAUGGGAGGAGCAUCGCUGGGUGGGAUGCAGGAGCAUUUGAAAUUAGCGAGGGAGUAUGCUCUGGAAGGACUCUACGACACCUCCAUUAUCUUCUUCGAUGGCGCCAUUGCUCAGAUCAACAAACACCUAAACACUCUUGAUGACCCUUUAAUUCGUGCAAAAUGGAUGAAUGUAAAGAAAGCCAUUUCUGAGGAAACAGAAGUUGUAAAGCAAUUGGAUGUGGAGAGAAAGGCAUUCAAGGAUGGUCCUGUUUCCAGACGCCCUUCUUCACCACCCAUAAAUACUAAAUCUUCAUUUGUUUUUCAACCGCUAGAUGAGUACCCAACUUCCUCAGGUGCUCCAUUUGAUGAUCCUGAUGUAUGGCGGCCACCUACUCGGGAUACUUCAAGUAGACGGCCAGCAAGGGCUGGUCAAAUGGGCAUGAGGAAGUCACCACAAGACGCGACUUGGGCUCGUGGUUCUACUAGAACAAAUACAACUGGCCGUGGUGCAAAGACUGGUGCUUCAAGCAGGGUUAACUCAGGUGUCCGAUCAUCAACUACUGGAAAGAAAGGCACUGGUUCUGGGAAGUCUAGCAAGGCUGAUUCCGCGAAUAGUGAUGCUGAAGAUGGAAAGUCAAAGAAGGGACAAUAUGAGGGGCCUGAUGCUGACUUGGCUGCAAUGCUUGAAAGGGACGUAUUGGAAACCAGUCCUGGAGUGAGAUGGGAUGAUGUUGCAGGGCUGAGUGAAGCAAAAAGACUACUAGAAGAAGCUGUUGUGCUUCCUCUGUGGAUGCCUGAAUAUUUCCAGGGAAUUAGGAGACCCUGGAAAGGUGUUCUCAUGUUUGGUCCUCCUGGAACUGGGAAGACACUGCUAGCUAAGGCAGUUGCUACUGAGUGUGGUACUACAUUUUUCAAUGUUUCCUCAGCUACAUUAGCUUCAAAAUGGCGUGGGGAGAGUGAGCGCAUGGUGCGGUGCUUGUUUGAUCUUGCAAGAGCGUAUGCGCCAAGUACUAUUUUCAUUGAUGAGAUUGAUUCUCUCUGCAAUUCCCGAGGGGCAUCAGGGGAGCAUGAAUCAUCCAGAAGGGUGAAGUCUGAACUUCUAGUUCAGGUAGAUGGCGUAAAUAAUAGUUCCACAAGUGAAGAUGGUACCCGUAAAAUAGUGAUGGUUUUGGCAGCUACUAACUUUCCAUGGGACAUAGAUGAGGCUUUGAGGAGACGGCUGGAAAAGCGUAUUUAUAUUCCUCUUCCAAGUUUUGAGAGUCGUAAGGAGCUUAUCCGGAUCAAUUUGAAAACUGUAGAGGUGGCCCCUGAUGUAGAUAUUGAUGAUGUUGCUCGCCGAACGGAGGGGUACAGUGGAGAUGAUCUGACAAACGUUUGCCGGGAUGCUUCCUUGAAUGGCAUGAGACGUAAAAUAGCCGGAAAGACACGUGAUGAGAUUAAGAACAUGCCCAAGGAUGAGAUUUCGAAGGAUCCUAUUGCCAUGUGCGACUUCGAGGAAGCCAUAAAGAAGGUCCAACGCAGUGUUUCGGCAUCUGAUAUUGAAAAGCAUGAGAAGUGGUUUUCAGAGUUUGGAUCAGCAUAAAGAUCAUGCCAUACUGAAGCUAAUAGAUUAGGUGUUUUUUUUCCUAACUAGUCGGUUUGCGUGGUCUGUGUCCUCUAAUUGUUCCUUCAUAUUUUUCAUUUAUUUUUCGUGCAGCCGAUUAAAUUCAAACCCCAGGUGUUGGAACUUGGAAGUGUAACCUAUUGUUGUGCUAUUUUGUAUCUGUAAUCACUCAUGUAAUGUAACUUGGUCAUGAUUGCACAUCCCUUGUUGAUCUACUUCACUUA